AACACGUCUUGUAACUACACUACUACAGUAAAUAUUCGUCGUGUCUCGUUCCGCCACGGCACUGCGACUGCCCAAUGACCAAUACCCUCAGGAGAUAUUCUGAGUUUGGUCAUCGGUGUACAUAGCCGUUUAAAAACUAUGGAAAACACCAAAAAGGCUCUGUCUUCAAUACCACUCCUAAAGACAAAAGCCGGUCCCCGGGACGUUGAUUUGUGGCCACAAAGACUCAAAGAAGAAUACCAAUCCCUAAUCCAAUAUGUUCAGAACAAUAAAGCAGCUGAUAAUGAUUGGUUUCGUCUAGAGUCUAAUAAGGAAGGAACUAAAUGGUUUGGAAAGUGUUGGGUGUUUCAAAAUCAGUUGAAAUAUGAGUUUGACAUAGAAUUUGACAUUCCCGUAACAUUCCCUGCUACAGCACCUGAAAUUGCAUUACCCGAACUUGAUGGUAAAACUGCCAAAAUGUAUAGAGGUGGCAAAAUAUGUCUGUCUGAUCAUUUUAAGCCAUUAUGGGCUAGAAAUGUACCAAAGUUUGGUAUUUCUCACGCUUUAGCACUUGGUUUGGGCCCAUGGUUGGCAGUUGAAAUCCCAGAUUUAAUUCAGAGAGGAGUAGUUAAAUAUAAAGAAAAAGAAGAGGACAAAUAAUAAAAUUUCAGAAUUAUGGAAAAGUGAUUUUGGAAUAAUUUUUGAGAGCUAUAAGUGAUACAUAAUUUUUAUAUUUUAUUAUAUUAAUUUUAAAACAACUGUUGGACACUCAAAAAACAGUCAUUCAUAUUAUUUGAAUAAGUUAAAGAUUAAACUAAAAUUAUAUUGCCAAAUGCCAAACAUUUAUAAUACCAAUAUGAAAAUUUGUGUUAAAAUGUACAUUUUUAAAAUUAUUGAUACAUUGUAUCAUUGUUAAAUGUUUAUUCUACUUGUAUAUUAAAUUAAUAAUUUGAACUAAUUUUUUUUGUCAUAACAUCAUUAGUUAAAAAGUUAUUUGAUACAAAUAAUUUUUUUUCUUUCAUAUCUUGAGGCUAUAGGUAUGUGCAGACUUAGGUUACACGGCAUGCCGCUGAUGACAUGUGCUGUCCAAAAAUAUAAAUGUCCCUAAAUAAAUAUUCAUA